AUGGCGUCCUUCCCGAUGCCGGAGCAGCAUCUUAAUCCGUUGCAGCAGCGCGCGGCUGCCGCUGCCCAGGCGCUCUUAGGUCCAAGUCGAUCCAUCUCUCAACGAGAGAUCCAGACGAUGUUGGAGAAAAAUGAGGCGGCGCUGAGGAGCUGGAACGCGCUGCAUAAACAACAGCCUGAUAAGACAAAGUCUGCAGAGCACAAGGAGUGGGUGAGGAAAUGUGUAACAUAUCGUAAGCAGAUUGGAGCUAGACUCGAGAUACUGGCUUCGCUGGCGGACAAGCAGAUUGCUCUAGAAGAUGAGAAAAGUGCCGGGCAGAAUGCUUCUCCUGCUGUAGCAGCAGCUUCAAGACAAGCUGCUUCCUCUUCGGUAGCAGUUUCAAGAAAAGCAAAGAAGUCGCAGAAAAAACCGGUGUCUUCAGCUGGUCGUGUUGCAGCUUUGCAUGCUCAGGAGCAAUUGACUCCCGUUGCUCCUCGGUCGGUGUAUGCGCCGCGGCAGGCUUCGACGACGCCGACUCCGAUACGCCCUGCAUGCACGCGAUCGACGGCGAUGACGGUGUCGCAUACGGCUGCACCGGCACCGCCGACUAUGUUUCCUGACCCUCCGAUGCCUGUUGGAUUUACGUCAACGAGUCCGGGUAUGUUUUUUUCCUCGGGACAGAUGGAUUCGAUGGAAACGUCGGCUGGCUUUACGUCAGUUACAUCGAUGGCAGCCUCUGGUGUAGCAGCAUCAGCCCUAGGCUACUCGAUGGGCUCCACUGGCCAAACACUUACGCCAAAUGCGUAUAUGACUUCCACAAGUGGACCUCCUAGCUUAUCCGCAGGAUUUACGAACCAGCAAGGCUAUGAAAUGGGCGGAGGUAUGAUGAACCUUCAGCAGCAGUUUAUGUCAAUGCCGAUGCCAAUGAACCUGGCGGGUGGAAAUAUGUACGAUAACAAUAAUUAUGGCAUGCCUACGAUACCAGCACCUACAAACGUAUACAGUGGAGGAAACGGCAGCAAUAGUAAUAGUGAUAGCACCUUUCCAGUGGAUCCAUAUAUUGCUCCACUCGGAUUCGGCUCUGAUGUAAAUUUUGGAUCAUCUGGGUACUCUAUGGGUGGUAUGACGGGCAUGCCCGUGCAGCAACACGAACAUCAGAUGAUGGGGUCCAUGAACGGGACCAAUUUUGGAGCAUCUAUGGUGUCAAACAAUUUCGGAUAUGGAGCAAGUGUUGACAUACCGGCAUCGUCAUCUCAUAGUAUGAUGCCGCAAUCGCUGCCGGCACAUCAAUUCCAGCCUACCCCGCAACAUUUUCCGCAACCAGGCCAACUUCCACAACAGUUACCACCACACACAGGAGGGAACGCUAUGAGCUGGUCUCUAGAUUCUGCGGUGUAUGGUGAGAACAACGUGAACAUUUUCGAAGGGUUGACAGACGACGCGUUCUUUCCAAUGCAAUGA